CAAUGUUGGCCAAAGAACUUUCCAGUACGUCAACACCCGGCGACAAAAUCCUUGUUCAAAAUUCUACAAUCUUCUGAUAAUACGCUCACCCUUUAUCCCGGCACUUGGCACGACUUCAUGAGCGAUCCAGAAGGGGUGAAAGGAAAGUACAUCAAGGACUGCGUGUCCCGGACUGAAGCCCAUUUGUCGCAGGUAGCGACUUAG